AUUUCUAAUACUCUAUACAACAUAGGUUUACUUAUUAAUUGGGUGAAGUAAUAUGGAUAAAAUGAAAACUGUGAUGUGGCGAUGAGUAUGACAACAAAGUAAAUGAUAUUGUUGAUGUGAGACCCGUUUCUUCCAGAUAAAAAUGUUUUUUCUUUGUGACCAUGAAGAUCACAUCUUCCGUUUACAUGACUAUUAAAAUACGACAUUAUCUACAAGUAGUCAUAGGAAUCUCAGCCAACAGCUUCCUCCUUCUCUUCCACAUCUUCACACACCUUCUGGAUCGCAGGCCUAAGCCCACCAGCCUGAUCAUCUGUCACUUGGCAUUUGUCCACAUGAUGAAACUCUUCACUGUGCUGUUGUCUACAGACCUGUUGGAAACACUAAACUUUCUGAACGAUUUCAAAUAUAAGGCUUUAUUUUGCAUGAACAGAGUGACACGAUGUCUGUCCAUGAACAUCACCUGCCUCCUGAGCAUCCUCCAGGCCUUCAUCAUCAGCACCAGCACCUCCAGGUUGGUCAGGUUUAAACAUAAAUGCACAAAAUGCAUCUUCCGUCCUUUUAUUGUCUUAUGGUUUCUUAGUUUGUCUCUCAAUAGUAAGUGCAUCUUGUAUACUGCUGCUUCUUCUAACAUGACCCAGAUCAAUCUACUGCAUGUCAGUAAAUACUGCUCCGUUUCCCCCACACACUCCAUCAUCAGGGGACGGCUUCUCAUUUUGACAUUACCCAGGGAUGUUUUCUUUAUAGGCGCCAUGCUGCUCUCUAGUGCAUAUAUGGUGAUUCUCUUGUCCAGGCAUCAGAGGCAGUGCCAGCAGCUACACAGCUCCAGCCUCUCCUCGAGGGUCUCCCCAGAGAGAAGGGCCACCCAGACUCUCCUGUUGUUGGUGAGUUUCUUUGUAGUCGUGUACUGGGUGGACAUCAUUAUCUCCUCCUCUGCAACUGUGUUAUGGAGAUAUGACCCAGUAAUCCUGGAUUUCCAGAAGCUUGUAUCCAAUGUGUAUGCCACUGUCAUUGCAUUGGUGUUAAUUUGUUUGGUUAAAAGGAUAAAAAAUGUGUUUCAAAAAUGUGGAAAAAUUACGAUCAAUUUAUAACUACUUAUUCGUGAAAUAUUUAUACCCAAAAAUGAUUAUUUUUGCUUUAAUUUCAUGACAGAUAAAAUUUUGAUAGCCAGAUAAAGAAUUCACAGGUGUUUUUAUAGCUGAACUAUUGUUCAUUUUAUGCUAUUGGGGAAAGAAUUAACAAGAAAACAAUUGGG